GGCAGUGUAUCAAUCGCGACGCGGACGUCGGAACGCCGGAGCAGCGCGUAGUCGCCGGACGAUUUAGAUCGUACUGAUGCUGUCGACGAGAUCGCGAUAAACACACGCUAAACCGUUUCGCCAUAAAUGUGCAAAUCAGCCGGUGAUGUCCGAGCGAGCAGCGCCGCUUCAAAAUGAACCUAGGCUCGUGCGCAAGUUGGUUGUGCUCCAAAAAGGAAGAAGAGAAGACCGUGCCUAACCACAACGCGUCCGAGUACCACUCCGUGGUCACGUCGGGUCCGGGACCGAGUCCGGCCAGUUCUAGUUCGUGCGAUGACGUCAUCCCGCCGUCCAAGAACUGCUACCGGCUAGUCGUGCUAGGUUCGGCCAGGGUCGGUAAGACCUGCCUGGUGUCGAGGUUCCUUGGCGGCAAGUUCCACGACAGCUACACGCCGACCAUAGAGGACUUCCACCGAAAGCUGUACCGCAUCAGGGGCGAGAUCUACCAGCUCGACAUCCUCGACACGUCCGGGAACCACCCGUUUCCGGCGAUGAGGCGCCUGUCCUUUCUUACGGGCGACCUAUUCGUCAUUGUGUUCAGCAUGGACAGCAGGGAGACGUUCGAGGAGGCAAUACGCCUCAGAGAGCAAAUAAUCGAGACGAAAGUGAACGCCGGCACGUCUUCGAACGCGAGCGGCCUGACGAGGAAGAAGAUCCAACCGCGCAUACCGAUGAUAUUCGCCGGUAACAAGAACGACAAGGAGAUGAAGACUGUCAGCGUGGACGAGGCGCAGGCCUACUGCGACACGCAGGACUCGUGCUGCGCAUUCGUCGAGACGUCGGCCAAGAAAAACCACCAGGUCGACGAGGUGUUCUACCGGUUAUUCUCCGUGGCGAAUCUGCCGCAAGAGAUGGCGCCCAACCACCACAAGCGGGUGAGCGCGAGCUUCGGCGCGCCGUGUCCCCUGCCACCCUCGACGCCCUCGCACUACUCCAAGAAGUACCAUCUCUCGGUGAAGCGGCGUUUGAGUGACGCGUGCGGUGUCGUGACACCUAACGUGCGCAGGCCUAGUAUACGGACCGAUCUCAUGAUAAUGAGGACUAAAGCGUAUAAUUUGGGUGACGGGGGCGGUACCAACAGUUCGCCGUUGCAGUGGCGGCGGGCGAACGGCGACCGGGCUUGCGUUUUACAGUGAUAUUUUAGGGGCGGGCGCGUUUCGAGGCCCCCGUCAGAAGAAGAGCAACGCUCAAAAUAUUAUGCCCUAAUCAAAACUUGGUCAAUCAGAGUACCGAACGUCGGGCGUAUAGUUUUAAGGGAAUAUAUUUAUGUUAACUGUGUGAUAAUGUAAAACAAUAUAUAUAUUAAUAUUGUAUUUUUUUCGAGCGGCCAUUUUGAACACGAAAACACCAAAAUCUUUUGGAAAGAUUUAAAACAAAUGAUACUGGAACCAAUUUUAGCUGAUAAUAAUACCAUAGCGUAUACUUUGAGAUGUCGUCGGGACGGGUUUAAUGUUCUGUCGUCUAUAACCUCUUCGUUUUACGCGCGAGACAUAUCGAGAGCAAUCAAUAAAUUCCCGCGCAUUACUUUUGUAUCGGGAACAAUCUUUCGAUCCUUUUAACUGUCAAACCGUCACGAUAAUGUAUCACUAUGUCAAUAAAAUCAAUGUUU